GUGUACGUCUUUUAGUUUUUGAUGAAAGAGAUAAACCUCUGAGAUAAUAUGGUCACCAAAAUGAAAAAUAUUAUUAAUAAUAAAAACAAUCAUCUUCAUUUGUUUUCUUUUUCUCCAAUAGUUAAGCCCAUAAAAAUCCCUCUUUUUAUUUUUUAUUUUUCCCUCUUUCAUGGGUCGUUUCUAGAUAGUUUCAGAAAAUUAUGACCAAAUCGAAGAGUUUCCUUCAGAAUCUCAUCAAACCCUUCAAAUUCAAUUCAAGCAAAGAGGGACAAAGUGAAGAGGACCUUGAAAAGAUAGCUGCACAAGAGCAAAAGCUUUUCGCUUUUGAGACUUUGGUUGCAGCUACCAAGGAUUUCCACCCCGGUAACAAGUUAGGUGAAGGUGGUUUUGGACCAGUUUUUAAGGGAAAAUUGAAUGAUGGGAGAGAGAUUGCAGUCAAGAAGCUAUCACAAAGUUCAAAUCAAGGGAGGAAAGAGUUUAUGAAUGAGGCCAAGUUGCUGGCACGAGUGCAACACAGGAACGUCGUCAAUUUGUUAGGAUAUUGUGUACAUGGUGUAGAGAAGCUACUCGUUUAUGAAUACGUUGCCAACGAGAGCCUUGACAAGCUUCUCUUCAAGUCCAAUAGACGUGAGGAGCUUGAUUGGAAACGGAGGUAUGAUAUAAUAUGUGGAGUUGCUCGUGGUUUACUUUACCUUCAUGAAGACUCACACAAUUGUAUCAUCCACCGUGAUAUCAAGGCCAGCAAUAUUUUACUUGAUGAUAAAUGGGUCCCCAAGAUUGCUGAUUUUGGCAUGGCCCGACUCUUCCCCGAAGAUCAAACACACGUCAAUACACGGGUAGCCGGUACCAAUGGAUAUAUGGCUCCUGAGUACGUCAUGCAUGGACAUUUAUCGGUAAAGGCAGAUGUAUUUAGCUUUGGAGUUCUUGUUCUAGAGCUGAUCAGCGGUCAAAGGAAUUCAACAUUCAAUUUAAGCCUUGAUGCACAGAAUCUACUUGAUUGGUCAUACAAGCUAUACAAGAAAGGCAAGAGCUUGGAUGUUAUGGAUCCUACGUUAGCUUCAUCGGCAGUGACAGAACAAGUAGCCAUGUGUAUUCAAAUAGGGUUGCUAUGCACACAAGGUGAUCCGCACCUGCGACCCACCAUGCAUCGUGUGGUGGUGAUUUUAUCCAAGAAACCGAGCAAUCUAGAAGAGCCGACGAGACCUGGUGUUCCCGGUUCAAGAUACAGAAGAUGUCGCAGACCUGCUGCACUAUCUUCCACUGCUGGAACUUCACUUGGAUCAAAUUCUAGUGCAUCGGAUUCAAGUUCUAUUACUAAUAAUACCAAUAGUGUAACUGCUACCUCUACAGUAAGUCCAAGAGAUGAUCCUCGAGGCAAACGUCCGAUGCAUAGCUAGAGUUUCGUCCUAUAGGAAAAUUUUUGCUAUUCUUUUUUUCUUUUUUGUAUCAUAUAAUACUGCAUUAUUUGUUUAAUAUUAUGUAACUGGUUAUGGCUGAAAGGGGGUAAAGAAUGCCAGAAUAUGAUUGAGAUGCAAUCGAUUUGGAUAAAUAUAAGAGAAUGGCUUGUGGAGA